CCUCCUUCCUCAGCAUCAAGUGCAGGCUGUGCGGAGCGUCCCGGCUGUGACUCUCUCUCUCAGCCUCUUUGAAGAAGCGAUGAGGAGAAGGAGCCGUCUCCCUGCUGAUACCAGGACGUCUGGGAUGCACUAACCCGCGAUUGUUUUCCACUGGGAUCAUAUUUGUAUAUUUCUCCGGAAAACAAACAAUACACAGCGGAUUUGGCAUAUCCAUCAAUCGGAUGCGAGCAGAGCCAGGCCCGACUUAACGAUGGGCCCCAUACCCCUGUGUGUCCUGCUCCCGCUGACGGUGCUCGCUGUGGUUGUGGCUGUUGCUGCUGAGGGGAAUGCAGUGCAGGAUGAGUAUACCUGGCCACAGUGGAAGGUCCCUCUGGUUAGGAAAAGACGCACUGUGCCUCUCAGCAGCCCAAACUUCUCAGCUCGUCCUCAGUCUGAGCUGAGUGGGACCUGUGGGAUUGAGUGUCAGCGUCGCCUUCCCGCCAUUUCUCUGGAUGACCUUGAACAGCUCCUGUCCUACGAGACUGUUUACGAGAACGGAACGCGCACAUAUACCUCUGUUUCUGUGCAGGGCUUCAAUGAGGUGACUGCUUGGUCCGGGAACAUCUCGUCCAGUUCACGUCGCAAACGAGAGGUGUACGGCACAGAUACCCGCUUCACCAUCUCUGACAAGCAGUUUUCGACCAAAUAUCCCUUCUCCACCUCUGUAAAGAUCUCAACUGGAUGCUCUGGAGUUCUUGUGUCACCCAAGCAUGUUCUUACUGCUGCCCACUGCAUCCAUGACGGAAAGGAUUAUCUAGAUGGCGUGCAGAAGCUUCGUGUUGGUAUUCUAAAGGAAAAGUCCAGACGAGGGAAAGGAGGCAAGGGAAGAGGAGGGCGAGGAAAGGGCAAGAGGAGAAAGGAAGACAAAGGCAAAGAGGAAGUGGAGGAGAAGGAAGACAAUGGUGGUAGAGGAGAAGGAAAAGGAAAACAGAGAGGUGGAAAGAGACGGAGUCGUCGCAGUGCGAAGUCUGAGAAACCUUCAUUCAGGUGGACCAGGGUCAAGCAGACCCAGGUCCCUAAGGGUUGGUUCAAAGGUGUGUCUGACGGACUGGCUGCGGAUUAUGACUACGCUGUUCUGGAGUUGAAGAAGGCCCCAAAGGUCAAACACAUGGAUCUGGGUGUUAUCCCCUCCCUGAAGAAGCUUCCUGCUGGACGGAUCCACUUCUCUGGCUUUGAUGACGACCGGCCUGGAAACCUGGUGUACCGGUUCUGCUCCGUCUCAGAUGAGUCCAACGAUUUGUUGUAUCAGCACUGUGAUGCCAAACCAGGCUCCAGCGGCUCGGGAGUCUACAUCCGCCUCAAAGAGCCUGGCAAGAAGAAGUGGACGAGGAAGAUCAUUGGGGUGUUUUCUGGUCAUCAGUGGGUGGAUGUAAACGGGGACGGGACACAGCAGGAUUACAAUGUGGCGGUGAGGAUAACUCCUCUUAAAUAUGCUCAGAUCUGCUACUGGGUCCACGGGGACUCAAGCGAGUGCCGGGUAGCUUAAAACACCAAACCCUCAGACCCUUCUUUAUACAAGGGACACCCUGACUACUCCCACCUGUCAUCACCUCCCUGGGGCCCAACGACUGCCUCUCCUCUUCCUGCCUCCCUGUCAUCUCCUGUGCCUCCCAGUGACUACACAAACACUGAUCUACACUAACACACACACAUGUACACAAUUCAUAAACAGCCAUACAGACUCAAGAGACCUGUGGCUCUUCAGCUUUUUUAAUUUAUUUGCUAAAAAUAAUUGAGAAAAAAAAUAUUUGUAGGCUAUUGUUCUGUAUUUUCUUUUUAGAUCAUUCAGAUCUGCAAUUUUGCUUUCCAUUUUGACUCUUUUUUAAUAUAUCAUGUCUUUGGAUAAAACAGUGUGCAAAGUCAAAUGUUUGUGAGCAAAGACUUGGUAGUUCAUCUUAUGUUUCAGUUAGGCUUUGUAUGGAGAGACUGGCAAAAGACCGAGAACAACUAGAUGAUUUUUCUUUUGAAAGUGAUCAAUCUUGAAAUAUUGAGGUAAUUGUUUUUUUAAACAUUAUAUGGAUCAAGCUGGUGUUUUUGCAUUGUGUAUAUCUAGAAAUUAUUAUUAUUUGUUUUUACAAAUACACUAUAAAAAGUCUAUUUUUCUGUCCAAAUAGAGAAAACGAGUUUAAGGAUUUUAAUCAGAGGAUUUUUUUUUAAGUGAGUCUCACCUUAACCUUUCUCUGUUCUUGCAACACAGUAAAAUGUGCUCACAUUUUUGUGCACAUAACUAUAUCGGUGCUCAUCCAGAAGACGUGGUGCUAAUUUAUGGAAUUAUAAACAUUUUGUUUUUGGGCUUCUCAAAAUAUAUUUUUGGCAGCCUAGAGGGGAGCUAUGUAUUUAAUGUCAGGCUACAUUUAUGGGUUGUGUUAAUGACCCAUUUAACCAUUUACUUGAGCAGUUGCGAUUUCUCUAAUUUUAAGGGUAAAAUGAGAUUGUAAAAGCAAUGUUGUUAUAUGCUUCCAUAUUUAUAUCUGGGAUGUGAUGUUUUUUUUAAAUAUCUUUUCAUGUUGUUUAUGUUUCAAACCACAUAUGAGUAUCCUUUGAAUACCAAAUACCUGACUAUAAUGAGGCGGAUUGGAGUCUACCAGCCAUUAAACCAAGAUUACAAUUUG